AUGCCUGCUGCUUCUUCUGCUAUUACCCCUAUGAGAGCUUUAAUUGCUGGUGGUGUCUGCUACGGUCUUUGGUCAAUCUACAUGGCUAAGAACUACUUCCAAAAUUCAUCAAUGAGAAAGAUUUACGUCACGUCAGACCCAGAAUUUGCAAAGGUACAUCCUAUGAGACACCCACAAUAUGAAGGUAACCUCAAUAAAGAAUAA